AUGACGUUUGUUGAGUUUACGGAAACAACUCUGGCAACAACAACAAGCACAAGGGAUGGCACAGCUACUUUAAACCCCUUAGAAACAGAAUCCAGCACCUCUUCUUCCUCCUCACCUGUAUCAGAGAGUGCUUCUCAGGCAAGCGAGCAAACUGCUCCUAUCGGUGUCAGUGGGCACGGCUCUACUGCCCCAAGUAACGCACGCACUGAAGAAACAUCCUCUACUCCUUCUGCGACUGUCACGGAAUCCAGCCUGGGCAUUACAUCCACCAAAGGUGCAUUGUCACCAGUUACCUCUGAACAGAAUACACAGGAGGGAAUAACAUCUUCCUCUAACCAGACAACUCUGAAUGAUGUAACGGCAACGGACCUCAGCCAUUCCUCACUGCAUUCAACUGCAGAGACACCCAGCACAGAUACCGAGAAGUCGGCUCUUCCAGUGAGCACUGUGAUUCUGGAUAGCAGCACAGUGGCACCAAGUGCAACAUCCCAUUUCACCACAAAUAUUCCUCCUCAGACGGAGGUUUCUCAAAUCACUGGCACUAGUAAUACUGUUCCAAACACAGUACCCAUGGGCAGCACAAGUAGCGAUACAACUGAUACAGAAUCCAACACCCCACCUGCCUUCACAGACAAAGUCUCCUCUACUGCGUCUGUAGCUUCUGAAGUGGGUGAUAAAAGUACAGCUUUUGUAGGAACCAAUCCAAUGAGUCACCUAAGCACUACAGCAGAGACCCCAGCAGAAAUUUCUUCCAACAGUCCAGCCACAACUGGAUUCUCCAAAGAAACAACUCCGCCUUUGUCAACAACAAGCACAAGGGACGGCACAGCUACUUUAAACCCCUUAGAAACAGAAUCCAGCACCUCUUCUUCCUCCUCACCUGUAUCAGAGAGUGCUUCUCAGGCAAGCGAGCAAACUGCUCCUAUCGGUGUCAGUGGGCACGGCUCUACUGCCCCAAGUAACGCACGCACUGAAGAAACAUCCUCUACUCCUUCUGCGACUGUCACGGAAUCCAGCCUGGGCAUUACAUCCACCAAAGGUGCAUUGUCACCAGUUACCUCUGAACAGAAUACACAGGAGGGAAUAACAUCUUCCUCUAACCAGACAACUCUGAAUGAUGUAACGGCAACGGACCUCAGCCAUUCCUCACUGCAUUCAACUGCAGAGACACCCAGCACAGAUACCGAGAAGUCGGCUCUUCCAGUGAGCACUGUGAUUCUGGAUAGCAGCACAGUGGCACCAAGUGCAACAUCCCAUUUCACCACAAAUAUUCCUCCUCAGACGGAGGUUUCUCAAAUCACUGGCACUAGUAAUACUGUUCCAAACACAGUACCCAUGGGCAGCACAAGUAGCGAUACAACUGAUACAGAAUCCAACACCCCACCUGCCUUCACAGACAAAGUCUCCUCUACUGCGUCUGUAGCUUCUGAAGUGGGUGAUAAAAGUACAGCUUUUGUAGGAACCAAUCCAAUGAGUCACCUAAGCACUACAGCAGAGACCCCAGCAGAAAUUUCUUCCAACAGUCCAGCCACAACUGGAUUCUCCAAAGAAACAACUCCGCCUUUGUCAACAACAAGCACAAGGGACGGCACAGCUACUUUAAACCCCUUAGAAACAGAAUCCAGCACCUCUUCUUCCUCCUCACCUGUAUCAGAGAGUGCUUCUCAGGCAAGCGAGCAAACUGCUCCUAUCGGUGUCAGUGGGCACGGCUCUACUGCCCCAAGUAACGCACGCACUGAAGAAACAUCCUCUACUCCUUCUGCGACUGUCACGGAAUCCAGCCUGGGCAUUACAUCCACCAAAGGUGCAUUGUCACCAGUUACCUCUGAACAGAAUACACAGGAGGGAAUAACAUCUUCCUCUAACCAGACAACUCUGAAUGAUGUAACGGCAACGGACCUCAGCCAUUCCUCACUGCAUUCAACUGCAGAGACACCCAGCACAGAUACCGAGAAGUCGGCUCUUCCAGUGAGCACUGUGAUUCUGGAUAGCAGCACAGUGGCACCAAGUGCAACAUCCCAUUUCACCACAAAUAUUCCUCCUCAGACGGAGGUUUCUCAAAUCACUGGCACUAGUAAUACUGUUCCAAACACAGUACCCAUGGGCAGCACAAGUAGCGAUACAACUGAUACAGAAUCCAACACCCCACCUGCCUUCACAGACAAAGUCUCCUCUACUGCGUCUGUAGCUUCUGAAGUGGGUGAUAAAAGUACAGCUUUUGUAGGAACCAAUCCAAUGAGUCACCUAAGCACUACAGCAGAGACCCCAGCAGAAAUUUCUUCCAACAGUCCAGCCACAACUGGAUUCUCCAAAGAAACAACUCCGCCUUUGUCAACAACAAGCACAAGGGACGGCACAGCUACUUUAAACCCCUUAGAAACAGAAUCCAGCACCUCUUCUUCCUCCUCACCUGUAUCAGAGAGUGCUUCUCAGGCAAGCGAGCAAACUGCUCCUAUCGGUGUCAGUGGGCACGGCUCUACUGCCCCAAGUAACGCACGCACUGAAGAAACAUCCUCUACUCCUUCUGCGACUGUCACGGAAUCCAGCCUGGGCAUUACAUCCACCAAAGGUGCAUUGUCACCAGUUACCUCUGAACAGAAUACACAGGAGGGAAUAACAUCUUCCUCUAACCAGACAACUCUGAAUGAUGUAACGGCAACGGACCUCAGCCAUUCCUCACUGCAUUCAACUGCAGAGACACCCAGCACAGAUACCGAGAAGUCGGCUCUUCCAGUGAGCACUGUGAUUCUGGAUAGCAGCACAGUGGCACCAAGUGCAACAUCCCAUUUCACCACAAAUAUUCCUCCUCAGACGGAGGUUUCUCAAAUCACUGGCACUAGUAAUACUGUUCCAAACACAGUACCCAUGGGCAGCACAAGUAGCGAUACAACUGAUACAGAAUCCAACACCCCACCUGCCUUCACAGACAAAGUCUCCUCUACUGCGUCUGUAGCUUCUGAAGUGGGUGAUAAAAGUACAGCUUUUGUAGGAACCAAUCCAAUGAGUCACCUAAGCACUACAGCAGAGACCCCAGCAGAAAUUUCUUCCAACAGUCCAGCCACAACUGGAUUCUCCAAAGAAACAACUCCGCCUUUGUCAACAACAAGCACAAGGGACGGCACAGCUACUUUAAACCCCUUAGAAACAGAAUCCAGCACCUCUUCUUCCUCCUCACCUGUAUCAGAGAGUGCUUCUCAGGCAAGCGAGCAAACUGCUCCUAUCGGUGUCAGUGGGCACGGCUCUACUGCCCCAAGUAACGCACGCACUGAAGAAACAUCCUCUACUCCUUCUGCGACUGUCACGGAAUCCAGCCUGGGCAUUACAUCCACCAAAGGUGCAUUGUCACCAGUUACCUCUGAACAGAAUACACAGGAGGGAAUAACAUCUUCCUCUAACCAGACAACUCUGAAUGAUGUAACGGCAACGGACCUCAGCCAUUCCUCACUGCAUUCAACUGCAGAGACACCCAGCACAGAUACCGAGAAGUCGGCUCUUCCAGUGAGCACUGUGAUUCUGGAUAGCAGCACAGUGGCACCAAGUGCAACAUCCCAUUUCACCACAAAUAUUCCUCCUCAGACGGAGGUUUCUCAAAUCACUGGCACUAGUAAUACUGUUCCAAACACAGUACCCAUGGGCAGCACAAGUAGCGAUACAACUGAUACAGAAUCCAACACCCCACCUGCCUUCACAGACAAAGUCUCCUCUACUGCGUCUGUAGCUUCUGAAGUGGGUGAUAAAAGUACAGCUUUUGUAGGAACCAAUCCAAUGAGUCACCUAAGCACUACAGCAGAGACCCCAGCAGAAAUUUCUUCCAACAGUCCAGCCACAACUGGAUUCUCCAAAGAAACAACUCCGCCUUUGUCAACAACAAGCACAAGGGAUGGCACAGCUACUUUAAACCCCUUAGAAACAGAAUCCAGCACCUCUUCUUCCUCCUCACCUGUAUCAGAGAGUGCUUCUCAGGCAAGCGAGCAAACUGCUCCUAUCGGUGUCAGUGGGCACGGCUCUACUGCCCCAAGUAACGCACGCACUGAAGAAACAUCCUCUACUCCUUCUGCGACUGUCACGGAAUCCAGCCUGGGCAUUACAUCCACCAAAGGUGCAUUGUCACCAGUUACCUCUGAACAGAAUACACAGGAGGGAAUAACAUCUUCCUCUAACCAGACAACUCUGAAUGAUGUAACGGCAACGGACCUCAGCCAUUCCUCACUGCAUUCAACUGCAGAGACACCCAGCACAGAUACCGAGAAGUCGGCUCUUCCAGUGAGCACUGUGAUUCUGGAUAGCAGCACAGUGGCACCAAGUGCAACAUCCCAUUUCACCACAAAUAUUCCUCCUCAGACGGAGGUUUCUCAAAUCACUGGCACUAGUAAUACUGUUCCAAACACAGUACCCAUGGGCAGCACAAGUAGCGAUACAACUGAUACAGAAUCCAACACCCCACCUGCCUUCACAGACAAAGUCUCCUCUACUGCGUCUGUAGCUUCUGAAGUGGGUGAUAAAAGUACAGCUUUUGUAGGAACCAAUCCAAUGAGUCACCUAAGCACUACAGCAGAGACCCCAGCAGAAAUUUCUUCCAACAGUCCAGCCACAACUGGAUUCUCCAAAGAAACAACUCCGCCUUUGUCAACAACAAGCACAAGGGAUGGCACAGCUACUUUAAACCCCUUAGAAACAGAAUCCAGCACCUCUUCUUCCUCCUCACCUGUAUCAGAGAGUGCUUCUCAGGCAAGCGAGCAAACUGCUCCUAUCGGUGUCAGUGGGCACGGCUCUACUGCCCCAAGUAACGCACGCACUGAAGAAACAUCCUCUACUCCUUCUGCGACUGUCACGGAAUCCAGCCUGGGCAUUACAUCCACCAAAGGUGCAUUGUCACCAGUUACCUCUGAACAGAAUACACAGGAGGGAAUAACAUCUUCCUCUAACCAGACAACUCUGAAUGAUGUAACGGCAACGGACCUCAGCCAUUCCUCACUGCAUUCAACUGCAGAGACACCCAGCACAGAUACCGAGAAGUCGGCUCUUCCAGUGAGCACUGUGAUUCUGGAUAGCAGCACAGUGGCACCAAGUGCAACAUCCCAUUUCACCACAAAUAUUCCUCCUCAGACGGAGGUUUCUCAAAUCACUGGCACUAGUAAUACUGUUCCAAACACAGUACCCAUGGGCAGCACAAGUAGCGAUACAACUGAUACAGAAUCCAACACCCCACCUGCCUUCACAGACAAAGUCUCCUCUACUGCGUCUGUAGCUUCUGAAGUGGGUGAUAAAAGUACAGCUUUUGUAGGAACCAAUCCAAUGAGUCACCUAAGCACUACAGCAGAGACCCCAGCAGAAAUUUCUUCCAACAGUCCAGCCACAACUGGAUUCUCCAAAGAAACAACUCCGCCUUUGUCAACAACAAGCACAAGGGAUGGCACAGCUACUUUAAACCCCUUAGAAACAGAAUCCAGCACCUCUUCUUCCUCCUCACCUGUAUCAGAGAGUGCUUCUCAGGCAAGCGAGCAAACUGCUCCUAUCGGUGUCAGUGGGCACGGCUCUACUGCCCCAAGUAACGCACGCACUGAAGAAACAUCCUCUACUCCUUCUGCGACUGUCACGGAAUCCAGCCUGGGCAUUACAUCCACCAAAGGUGCAUUGUCACCAGUUACCUCUGAACAGAAUACACAGGAGGGAAUAACAUCUUCCUCUAACCAGACAACUCUGAAUGAUGUAACGGCAACGGACCUCAGCCAUUCCUCACUGCAUUCAACUGCAGAGACACCCAGCACAGAUACCGAGAAGUCGGCUCUUCCAGUGAGCACUGUGAUUCUGGAUAGCAGCACAGUGGCACCAAGUGCAACAUCCCAUUUCACCACAAAUAUUCCUCCUCAGACGGAGGUUUCUCAAAUCACUGGCACUAGUAAUACUGUUCCAAACACAGUACCCAUGGGCAGCACAAGUAGCGAUACAACUGAUACAGAAUCCAACACCCCACCUGCCUUCACAGACAAAGUCUCCUCUACUGCGUCUGUAGCUUCUGAAGUGGGUGAUAAAAGUACAGCUUUUGUAGGAACCAAUCCAAUGAGUCACCUAAGCACUACAGCAGAGACCCCAGCAGAAAUUUCUUCCAACAGUCCAGCCACAACUGGAUUCUCCAAAGAAACAACUCCGCCUUUGUCAACAACAAGCACAAGGGAUGGCACAGCUACUUUAAACCCCUUAGAAACAGAAUCCAGCACCUCUUCUUCCUCCUCACCUGUAUCAGAGAGUGCUUCUCAGGCAAGCGAGCAAACUGCUCCUAUCGGUGUCAGUGGGCACGGCUCUACUGCCCCAAGUAACGCACGCACUGAAGAAACAUCCUCUACUCCUUCUGCGACUGUCACGGAAUCCAGCCUGGGCAUUACAUCCACCAAAGGUGCAUUGUCACCAGUUACCUCUGAACAGAAUACACAGGAGGGAAUAACAUCUUCCUCUAACCAGACAACUCUGAAUGAUGUAACGGCAACGGACCUCAGCCAUUCCUCACUGCAUUCAACUGCAGAGACACCCAGCACAGAUACCGAGAAGUCGGCUCUUCCAGUGAGCACUGUGAUUCUGGAUAGCAGCACAGUGGCACCAAGUGCAACAUCCCAUUUCACCACAAAUAUUCCUCCUCAGACGGAGGUUUCUCAAAUCACUGGCACUAGUAAUACUGUUCCAAACACAGUACCCAUGGGCAGCACAAGUAGCGAUACAACUGAUACAGAAUCCAACACCCCACCUGCCUUCACAGACAAAGUCUCCUCUACUGCGUCUGUAGCUUCUGAAGUGGGUGAUAAAAGUACAGCUUUUGUAGGAACCAAUCCAAUGAGUCACCUAAGCACUACAGCAGAGACCCCAGCAGAAAUUUCUUCCAACAGUCCAGCCACAACUGGAUUCUCCAAAGAAACAACUCCGCCUUUGUCAACAACAAGCACAAGGGAUGGCACAGCUACUUUAAACCCCUUAGAAACAGAAUCCAGCACCUCUUCUUCCUCCUCACCUGUAUCAGAGAGUGCUUCUCAGGCAAGCGAGCAAACUGCUCCUAUCGGUGUCAGUGGGCACGGCUCUACUGCCCCAAGUAACGCACGCACUGAAGAAACAUCCUCUACUCCUUCUGCGACUGUCACGGAAUCCAGCCUGGGCAUUACAUCCACCAAAGGUGCAUUGUCACCAGUUACCUCUGAACAGAAUACACAGGAGGGAAUAACAUCUUCCUCUAACCAGACAACUCUGAAUGAUGUAACGGCAACGGACCUCAGCCAUUCCUCACUGCAUUCAACUGCAGAGACACCCAGCACAGAUACCGAGAAGUCGGCUCUUCCAGUGAGCACUGUGAUUCUGGAUAGCAGCACAGUGGCACCAAGUGCAACAUCCCAUUUCACCACAAAUAUUCCUCCUCAGACGGAGGUUUCUCAAAUCACUGGCACUAGUAAUACUGUUCCAAACACAGUACCCAUGGGCAGCACAAGUAGCGAUACAACUGAUACAGAAUCCAACACCCCACCUGCCUUCACAGACAAAGUCUCCUCUACUGCGUCUGUAGCUUCUGAAGUGGGUGAUAAAAGUACAGCUUUUGUAGGAACCAAUCCAAUGAGUCACCUAAGCACUACAGCAGAGACCCCAGCAGAAAUUUCUUCCAACAGUCCAGCCACAACUGGAUUCUCCAAAGAAACAACUCCGCCUUUGUCAACAACAAGCACAAGGGAUGGCACAGCUACUUUAAACCCCUUAGAAACAGAAUCCAGCACCUCUUCUUCCUCCUCACCUGUAUCAGAGAGUGCUUCUCAGGCAAGCGAGCAAACUGCUCCUAUCGGUGUCAGUGGGCACGGCUCUACUGCCCCAAGUAACGCACGCACUGAAGAAACAUCCUCUACUCCUUCUGCGACUGUCACGGAAUCCAGCCUGGGCAUUACAUCCACCAAAGGUGCAUUGUCACCAGUUACCUCUGAACAGAAUACACAGGAGGGAAUAACAUCUUCCUCUAACCAGACAACUCUGAAUGAUGUAACGGCAACGGACCUCAGCCAUUCCUCACUGCAUUCAACUGCAGAGACACCCAGCACAGAUACCGAGAAGUCGGCUCUUCCAGUGAGCACUGUGAUUCUGGAUAGCAGCACAGUGGCACCAAGUGCAACAUCCCAUUUCACCACAAAUAUUCCUCCUCAGACGGAGGUUUCUCAAAUCACUGGCACUAGUAAUACUGUUCCAAACACAGUACCCAUGGGCAGCACAAGUAGCGAUACAACUGAUACAGAAUCCAACACCCCACCUGCCUUCACAGACAAAGUCUCCUCUACUGCGUCUGUAGCUUCUGAAGUGGGUGAUAAAAGUACAGCUUUUGUAGGAACCAAUCCAAUGAGUCACCUAAGCACUACAGCAGAGACCCCAGCAGAAAUUUCUUCCAACAGUCCAGCCACAACUGGAUUCUCCAAAGAAACAACUCCGCCUUUGUCAACAACAAGCACAAGGGAUGGCACAGCUACUUUAAACCCCUUAGAAACAGAAUCCAGCACCUCUUCUUCCUCCUCACCUGUAUCAGAGAGUGCUUCUCAGGCAAGCGAGCAAACUGCUCCUAUCGGUGUCAGUGGGCACGGCUCUACUGCCCCAAGUAACGCACGCACUGAAGAAACAUCCUCUACUCCUUCUGCGACUGUCACGGAAUCCAGCCUGGGCAUUACAUCCACCAAAGGUGCAUUGUCACCAGUUACCUCUGAACAGAAUACACAGGAGGGAAUAACAUCUUCCUCUAACCAGACAACUCUGAAUGAUGUAACGGCAACGGACCUCAGCCAUUCCUCACUGCAUUCAACUGCAGAGACACCCAGCACAGAUACCGAGAAGUCGGCUCUUCCAGUGAGCACUGUGAUUCUGGAUAGCAGCACAGUGGCACCAAGUGCAACAUCCCAUUUCACCACAAAUAUUCCUCCUCAGACGGAGGUUUCUCAAAUCACUGGCACUAGUAAUACUGUUCCAAACACAGUACCCAUGGGCAGCACAAGUAGCGAUACAACUGAUACAGAAUCCAACACCCCACCUGCCUUCACAGACAAAGUCUCCUCUACUGCGUCUGUAGCUUCUGAAGUGGGUGAUAAAAGUACAGCUUUUGUAGGAACCAAUCCAAUGAGUCACCUAAGCACUACAGCAGAGACCCCAGCAGAAAUUUCUUCCAACAGUCCAGCCACAACUGGAUUCUCCAAAGAAACAACUCCGCCUUUGUCAACAACAAGCACAAGGGAUGGCACAGCUACUUUAAACCCCUUAGAAACAGAAUCCAGCACCUCUUCUUCCUCCUCACCUGUAUCAGAGAGUGCUUCUCAGGCAAGCGAGCAAACUGCUCCUAUCGGUGUCAGUGGGCACGGCUCUACUGCCCCAAGUAACGCACGCACUGAAGAAACAUCCUCUACUCCUUCUGCGACUGUCACGGAAUCCAGCCUGGGCAUUACAUCCACCAAAGGUGCAUUGUCACCAGUUACCUCUGAACAGAAUACACAGGAGGGAAUAACAUCUUCCUCUAACCAGACAACUCUGAAUGAUGUAACGGCAACGGACCUCAGCCAUUCCUCACUGCAUUCAACUGCAGAGACACCCAGCACAGAUACCGAGAAGUCGGCUCUUCCAGUGAGCACUGUGAUUCUGGAUAGCAGCACAGUGGCACCAAGUGCAACAUCCCAUUUCACCACAAAUAUUCCUCCUCAGACGGAGGUUUCUCAAAUCACUGGCACUAGUAAUACUGUUCCAAACACAGUACCCAUGGGCAGCACAAGUAGCGAUACAACUGAUACAGAAUCCAACACCCCACCUGCCUUCACAGACAAAGUCUCCUCUACUGCGUCUGUAGCUUCUGAAGUGGGUGAUAAAAGUACAGCUUUUGUAGGAACCAAUCCAAUGAGUCACCUAAGCACUACAGCAGAGACCCCAGCAGAAAUUUCUUCCAACAGUCCAGCCACAACUGGAUUCUCCAAAGAAACAACUCCGCCUUUGUCAACAACAAGCACAAGGGAUGGCACAGCUACUUUAAACCCCUUAGAAACAGAAUCCAGCACCUCUUCUUCCUCCUCACCUGUAUCAGAGAGUGCUUCUCAGGCAAGCGAGCAAACUGCUCCUAUCGGUGUCAGUGGGCACGGCUCUACUGCCCCAAGUAACGCACGCACUGAAGAAACAUCCUCUACUCCUUCUGCGACUGUCACGGAAUCCAGCCUGGGCAUUACAUCCACCAAAGGUGCAUUGUCACCAGUUACCUCUGAACAGAAUACACAGGAGGGAAUAACAUCUUCCUCUAACCAGACAACUCUGAAUGAUGUAACGGCAACGGACCUCAGCCAUUCCUCACUGCAUUCAACUGCAGAGACACCCAGCACAGAUACCGAGAAGUCGGCUCUUCCAGUGAGCACUGUGAUUCUGGAUAGCAGCACAGUGGCACCAAGUGCAACAUCCCAUUUCACCACAAAUAUUCCUCCUCAGACGGAGGUUUCUCAAAUCACUGGCACUAGUAAUACUGUUCCAAACACAGUACCCAUGGGCAGCACAAGUAGCGAUACAACUGAUACAGAAUCCAACACCCCACCUGCCUUCACAGACAAAGUCUCCUCUACUGCGUCUGUAGCUUCUGAAGUGGGUGAUAAAAGUACAGCUUUUGUAGGAACCAAUCCAAUGAGUCACCUAAGCACUACAGCAGAGACCCCAGCAGAAAUAUCUUCCAACAGUCCAGCCACAACUGGAUUCUCCAAAGAAACAACUCCGCCUUUGUCAACAACAAGCACAAGUGAUGGCACAGCUACUUUAAACCCCUUAGAAACAGAAUCCAGCACCAAUCCAAUGACUCAUCUAAGCACUAUGGCUCACACUCCAGCAGAAAUAUCUUCCACAACUAUAUUCUCUUCUGCCCUCACUGGUUUAGGCACUUCAUUUUCAUUAACAUCUGUAACUUCAUCUGAAUCUAAUUCUAUUUCAAAUACUGUCCAAAUUUCUACACUUACUGACAUGAUAAAUGCCAGUGAAACCGUUACGAUGUCCUCCACAACACCUAAAUCUGUCAUACCUAUCACUGUUCUGAACACUACAAUAUCUCAGAUUUCUUCUACUUUUUCCACACCCAACAUAGCUGUUUCCCCACCAACUACAGCCACAACAAUAAUUUCUGCUAGUCCCACAAAGACAUCAUUAACUAGCAGAUCCACAGUUAUUGUUGCUACAAUUGUAACAGCAGGAGAUACUUCCUCGAAGAAUACGAAGCCCACAGUUAGAAUUACUGCACCUGAAGCUGGCACUGUUUCAUCUAUGACACAAAAUACAUUACCACAAGGAACUUGCACUUCACUUAUUUUUUCCAUACAACUUGAGAAAGUAACCAGUGAAGUGAUACAAUUGAAUUGGACACCUCAAGGUGGGACAAGAGAUAGCCCUUACACUGUGUAUCUGUUGAGGGAUAACACGGUGAGGAAUAAGAGCACUACGAACGAAACACGGAUAGCAUUUGGAGAUCUAGUUCCUGGUUAUGAAUAUAUAAUAUCUGUGGAAGUUUUAACUUGUGCUAAGAAGAUCAAUACUUCAAAGAGAGUUCGCACAGAAGCUAAAACAUUUGAUGGAAAAACCAGGAUUACAAAUGAAAAUUUCAAACCUGAGUAUAACAACAAAUCAAGUGAAGAAUUUAAGGAUUUUGAAAAGAAGUUCAUUGGGGAGGUAUCAUAUCCAGGAUUAUUCAAAUAA